AUCUCGUCAACGCAAUAUGAACGAUAUGUAGCAAAUCCAACUGUAAUUUCACUAGAAAGAGACUACAGAGAAUGGAAUGGAACAUUACCGGCCAUCACAAUUUGUUAUCACAAAAGAAUCGACGAUAAACGAGCGAAAGAAGUGAUUAAAAAGUUGUGGAACUUGUCAGAAACUGACGAUGAUUUUCAAUAUUUUUAUGACUUUAUAAAAACAAUUGUUUAUUUGAAUGAAAGCUUCAAGGAUAUUAAUCAAUUCACAAAUGACAGACGAUUGGAUGACAUUGAUUUGCUAGGACUUGCUAGAGAUGUACAUCCGAUAUUUAACAGUGUUGUGUCUAGUUUUGAUUCAAGUGCUGAAUUUAAACUUAAUGAAGUUAUUACUGAAAAAGGAAUUUGUUAUACCGUGAACUCUGUGUUGUGGCCAUUGAUGAGUACAGGGUGAGUGACAAACGUGCUGAGGUAGCAAUACUUAUUUCUAUUAGUGUCAUCAAAUCAAAUGUCUCAAGAUCAACAAUUGUUUUUAUUUUAUUCACUUUUUAUUCUGAUUCUAAUUAACCUUAACAUUCAUUGUCUACAUCACUGAUAAGACAGCUGCCUUAAUAAUUAAAAUUAAUUAUCAUCUACAUAUGCACAGCUUUCCCGAACUUUUAAUUGGAAUCUUUUUCUUUUCGAGGUUUUAAGGCUUUCUCGGACCAUUCUGAAUAUUUUCAGCAUUAUGUCACAUUCACCGACAUUUUGUCUUAAAUCAACAAUCCUUAAAUUCUUUAGUGCUGUAAAUCUGACGUCAAUGUUUAAAAUUUCAUUAUGUCCAAGGUGAAUUUCCUCAAUUUGCUUGUUGUUCCUGAAUAAUUUGUGUGAGACUUCCUCAAGUAAGUUUCCUUCAGCGAUGAAAAUCUUCAGCCUUGGUGCAUUGCUCAGUAAAUCAGAUGGUAAGUUGUAAAUUUCAUUAUAUCUUAUAUCCAAAAGUUCCAAAUGCGGCAAGUCAUAGAAAAUUUCAUGGCUGAUUUUUCCAAUUUUAUUAAAGCUCAAAUUAAGCUUUUGAAGCUGCCUCAUAUCCAUAAAAUCUCGUCGACGUAGAAACUUAAUUGAAGAUUUUCGAAAUAAGAAGUGCUUCAUACGAGGCAGUGUGGCUCCAAUCCUUGAUGGUAAAUAUUCCGAAAAGUCGUAGUUGUUAAAGUCAGCAAGUUCCAUGUGAUUUAAGUUUGAUUGACGUAUAUUUCUGAUUGACAUUAUUGGAUGUUGAACAUUUUCACGUCGUGGAUUUUGUGAUGGACAAAUGAUUUGUCUGAUUGUUGAAUUGCGUGGAACAUUGCAUGUAAACUCGACUAAUUUUGAGGAAGUCAUUGUAAAUUGAACGGACAAUGCGAGAAGUACAAUGCAAAUUGAUUUCAUUUUAAUAUUGAUUAUUAACUAGCACAAGAUGUAGCUUCACUGAAAACUUGAAUUGAACUGAAUGAAAUCAAUCAAUUAGAAUCUAAUGCAAAUGCAUGGAAAUAAGUCAUUUAUGGUGCAAUUAGAAGCUGAUCUUUAAUUGAUGACACAUUGUUUAAAAACAGGAACGCAUUCAAAAAAUGACAAUUUUCUCCUGAGGAAGGUCAAAGGAAGGUCAAAGGAAGGUCAAAGCAAGGUCCCAAGGCCGAAACCAUCCUAGACAUGUAAGAAACCUUUUUCAAACCAAGGGACGUUUUAAUGGUUUUGGAUCCACAAACUGUGCUACUGUAGCUACUGAAUAAAGCAGUGUUUUCAGUGUUUGCUAAUUUUAAUCGUGACACACCUGGAAUGUUUUGGUGUGCCGCUAAAUAUAGUUUGAGAACCACUGGAAUAAAGAGUCUCUUAUUAUCAUUAUAAAGUUUAACCUGUUCGCACCUAAUUUCUUAAUUCGACUUUUUUGGUUUUACUUUCACAUUUUUGCUUAAUUGACGUCUCAAUGGAGAAGUGGUUCUUAAACUUUUUGGAAUGUGACUGCAAUUCUCUUAAUCUCUCUCUUAAAUUAACUGUGUCGCUGAUUUUAAGCGUUUAUCAUGGAUCGUAGAUUGAGCGACACUGCAUUAGACCUUCUAGAUUCAAUCCCGUUUUAAAUCAAUAAGCAGAAUUUAGUGUCACACAUUCAAGCUGUCUAAUCAAGCAUAAAAUGAAAUUAUCAUCAUAUUAAUUAUUAUAUUUAUAUUUUCAUUAAUUAAACACCAGACAUUUAGUUCAGUUUUUUAUUUAUUAUUAAAUAACGUCAGAAAAGUACGCGAGAAUAAAUAUUACAUUAAAAAUAAGGCAUGGAAACUCACGUUUAAUCCUGAAAAAUCGCAAAAAUCCUAAAAAAUCCUUGAGGCAACAAACAUAAUAAUGUGGAAUCUCUUUUAAAUCCAGAAGUUAUUCAUCAAAUGCAUCAGCAAUUUAAAAGGGACUUCACAUUUUCAUAUUUAUUGGCUCAGGGAUUUUUUAAGGAUUUUUGGGAUUUUUCAGGAUUAAUCCCGAGUUUCAACGUUUUGGUCAAAAUGGAACUUAUCCAUACACAAAGUUGUUUAUAUGAUUGAAAACUGGCCUCAUCUAUUAAGUUGACUGAAUGUUUGAAAUGGAUUUGUCUUAAUAACAAUCUUUGAUUUCCAUUUUAUAAAGGAAAGUGAACCACAACAGCAUCAAUUUGAAUGCUAAGCCACUGUCGUGCUAUUUUCUCAAAAAUCAAUGUUAUAUGAAGCUUGAUGUCUAUGAUCCUACAAUCUUUAUUGCCUUGCAUUCUCCAUUCGAAGUUCCAGCUGAAAAUACACCAUUCUUUGACAUUGGAGUUACAGAUGAAAUUGAAGCUUCUUACAACAUGCUCGAAACUGUAGCAAGUGAUGAGCUCAGAAAACUACGAAUCGCUCAACGGAAAUGCUACUUUAUUGACGAAUCAAGUGACAAUUUGCCAGUUUACAGUUUUAAUGCUUGCAAAAUGAUGUGCCGAGCAAAAACAGCUCUUCGAUUGUGUGGAUGCAAACCUUACUUUUAUCCUUUCUUAAACGGAACAACAUGCACAGCUUUAGGACAUUUAUGCUUGAAUGUGAAUCAUUGGCCGAUUGUUGCAUCUUGUGACUGCUCAAAAACUUGUGUUGAGAUUGUUUACACACAGAAUAGUUUGAAGAAAAUUAAUUGGGCUGUUGAUGGAGGUGUUCCAUUUGCCAGCAAGUCAUCGUUCAGAUAUGAAAUUAUUGCACCUCGAAUGAGAUUGAAGAGAGAUGUCUUGUUCAGCUAUGAAGAUUUGAUUGUAUCAUUUGGUGGAGUUGCAGCAUUGUUUUUAGGACUUAACUUUUGGGGAUUGUCAGAUUUUGCAUUUUAUUUGUUCGCAUCGUUUGUUAAAUAUUUAAUUUUUAAAUUUAAGAAGUAA